UUGCAUAAUUGACUCAAAAUCAAUUCACAAGGUAGCUCUAACUUUCACAAUGUGACUGAACACAUUAAUUCAAAUCGCUCAAAAAUUUGAAUCUGUGAUCGGUUUUAUGCGCUGAAUAUGAUGAGAAUUGAGAUCUUGACCUUUUAGAUAAUUUACUAGAAAGUUUCACCGUUAACGAUGGAUCUUUUGGAAUUUUUCGACUUGCAUUAAGUAGAUCGCAUAAUUUUACUCACAUUGUGAAAGUUAGAGCUACCUUGUGAAUUGAUUUUGAGUCAAUUAUGUAAACUUUCAUUGGCUUUUGUGCGAAGUAACAAAAUGCUUAUUUUUUCUAGAACUUGUGUUCGCUAUGUUUUCUCAAUUUUACUCAAAAUUAAGCAUUGCCACAAAUCUCACAUUGCUUCCAAACAGCAAAAUAAACUAUUCAACUAAACUAACAAUCUACCUUUAAAGAGUAAUGAGGUACAUCACUUUCAGGAUGGAGUUUGAACUUGUUUUCGUCAGUCGCUAUCCCACAUGUUUUAUGAACGAGCGAAACACGUGGUUGUAUCAAACAUUAUUAAUAUUAUUAUUUAACAUUAUUCAAAAAAGCGUUUUCAGCCUUAUAUUUCAAAAUGGAUAGUAGGUCGUUUGACUUUCUCAUGUGCAACUAGCCUUGGGUUCGAUCACUUAGAAAUUUCUCCUUGGUGUAAACUAAAAAUUAACAGAUUUAAUUUUUUCAUAGAGAUCCAGCUGCCAAACGGUUUGGUAUCAUUUUCCUUGGCACUCUUGCCGUGUUGACUGUUGGAACGGGAGUAGGAAUCGGUGUUGGUAAUUUAGCACAUUAUAGAUAUUAUGGGCCAAUCGUCAGUACCCCACAGACAACUGAAGUAAUCAGCGGUAAUGCAACAACACAAAGCAGCGGUGGCGGAGGUGGUACGACCCAAGCUGCAGGUGGAGGUGGAGCCGCAGCUACAACUCAAGCUGCAGGUGGAGGUGGAGCCGCAGCUACAACUCAAGCUGCAGGUGGAGGUGGAGCCGCAGCUACAACUCAAGCUGCAGGUGGCGGUGGAGCCGCAGCUACAACUCAAGCUGCAGGUGGAGGUGGAGGUGGAGCUGUAGCUACAACCCAAGCUGCAGGUGGAGGUGGAGGUGGAGCUGUAGCUACAACUCAAGCUGCAGGUGGAGGUGGAGGUGGAGCUGUAGCUACAACUCAAGCUGCAGCUGGAGGUGGAGGAGGAGCCGCAACUCAAGCUGCAGCAGCCGCAACUCAGGCUGCAGCAGCCGCAACGCAAGCUGCAGCGGCCGCAACGCAGGCUGCAGGUGGAGGUGGCGGUGGAGGCGCAGCCGCAACUCAAGCUGCAGCAGCCGAAACUCAGGCUGCAGCAGCCGCAACGCAAGCUGCAGCGGCCGCAACGCAGGCUGCAGGUGGAGGUGGAGGAGCAGCUGUAACUCAAGCUGCAGCCGGAGGUGGAGCAGCAGCUGGAGGUGGAGGAGCAGCUGUAACUGAAGCUGCAGCUGGAGGUGGAGCAGCAGCUGGAGGUGGAGGAGCAGCUGUAACUGAAGCUGCAGCUGGAGGUGGAGCAGCAGCUGGAGGUGGAGGAGCAGCUGUAACUGAAGCUGCAGCCGGAGGUGGAGCAGCAGCUGGAGGUGGAGGAGCAGCUGUAACUCAAGCUGCAGCCGGAGGUGGAGCAGCAGCUGGAGGUGGGGCUACAGUGCAAGCUGCAGGUGGUGGUUGA